ACUGCGACACAGAAAGUGGCUCCGGCGCACAUUCUCCCACAGUGGAUGUGAAGCGACAGAAGACACACUGGACAACAUUUGUGACUAUUUGGAUUAAUUUCGACUUGAAUAACGUUUCUUCAGAAACGGUUUUGUGGUCAGUCGCUCUGCGCGCACUCAUCUCAGCGCGCCUCUAGUCUUCAAGACUUUUUUUUUCUCUGUAGGUGGCAAAAUUUAAAAGGCAGGUGAAUGUAUAGCAUGAUGAUGGAAACGGACCUCCACUCCCCCGGCCCCCAAACAAAUACAAACACUGGGCAAACGGGGCCGAACGCUAGCUCCAAAGCGAGCCAGGAGCGCGUAAAGAGACCAAUGAACGCGUUCAUGGUGUGGUCCCGUGGCCAACGCCGAAAGAUGGCCCAAGAAAACCCCAAAAUGCACAACUCUGAGAUCAGCAAGCGGCUAGGUGCAGAGUGGAAAGUGAUGUCAGAGGCCGAGAAGCGCCCGUUCAUUGACGAGGCCAAGCGGCUGCGGGCCAUGCACAUGAAGGAGCACCCGGACUACAAGUACCGGCCGCGAAGGAAGACCAAGACUCUGUUAAAGAAGGACAAAUACUCCCUGGCUGGUGGGCUGCUGUCCGGGCCCGGUGCGGGGGUCGGUAUGUCCUCAUCAGGAGUUGGUCAGAGGUUAGAAAGUCCAGGGGGGCACGCCGGCUCUGGGUCAAGCUACGCGCACGUGAAUGGCUGGGCAAAUGGCGCGUACUCGGGACAGGUGGCUGCAGCUGCGGCCGCCGCUGCAAUGAUGCAGGAGGCGCAGCUCGCUUACAGCCAGCACCCAGGAAGCGGUGCACACCACCAUCACCACCACGCGCACUCCCAUCACCACCACGCGCACAACCCGCAGCCCAUGCACCGCUAUGACAUGAGCGCGCUCCAGUACAGCCCCAUCUCGAACUCUCAGAGCUACAUGAGCGCCUCUCCGUCUGGUUAUGGCAGCAUCACAUACAGCGCUCAGCACCAGUCCUCCUCUGCUAUGGGCGCACUGGGCUCUCUGGUCAAGUCCGAACCCAGCGUGAGUCCCCCAGUGAGCAGCGCGCACUCUCGUGGUCCUUGUCCUGGAGACUUGAGGGAGAUGAUAAGUAUGUACCUGCCCGGGAGUGAACCCGGUGAUGCAUCCAUGCAGAGCAGACUGCACGCGCUCCCGCAGCACUACCAGAGCGCCGCGGCGGGAGUGAACGGGACGGUGCCUCUAACACAUAUUUAAGACUCAUUGAAGAACUGCACAGAACCAAAUACUUACCUCUUUUCCUAAUUUGGCCGAUCCCGCCGCUACCUGCAUUUUGUACAGAAUGUUUAUGGACUUUAUGAGGCUAAAUCAUAUUCACAGCUCUUUUCACGAGCCCCGGUGGAGUUCUGAAGACGCUGACUUAUCGGUUAUUGUGCUCAUCUCUUUCUUUUUGUCUUGUUUCAGUCUGAGUUAAGGUUGCAGCAGCCAGGGGCUUUCAUCAUUUUGGGGGUAUUUGUAAGUUAUUGAAAAUGAGAAACGUGUCAUAAUCACAAGAAAAGUGCUUUAAAUGAA